CAGGGAGCCUCUGGCGGGGUGACAGGACAGGCAUGUGACGCCUCCCCCGUGGCCACGGACCCUAUAAGGCCAGGAGCGAGCCGGGGCCCAAACUCAGCCUCCCCACUGCUCCUCGAGCCAGUCCUUCCCAGCCUCAGCAUGUCUGAUCAGAGCGAAGGAGGCCGGGACCCCCCCAAAUCGAAGGGCAAGACCUUCAGUGACUUCCUGGGGUCCCUACCCGGCUUCAGCGCUGCCCGAAACCUGGUGGCCGGCGCCCCGAGUUCCACCAAAGAGACCCCCCAGCCCCAGGAUCAGGCGGCCCCCGCAGAACAGGGCCAGGCUGCAGGUGGAGGUGUCGAGACUCUGCUCCAGGCCCCGGACAAGAUGAUUUCAGGGGUGAAGGACCUGGUGAGUUCCAAUGUGACCAAGACCAAGGAGGCUGUGGCCAGCGGGGUCUCAGGAGCUGUGAACGUGGCCAAGGGCACCGUGCAGACGGGGCUGGACACGUCCAAGGCCGCCCUCGAGGGAACCAAGAACACGGUGACCACGGGGCUGACUGGAGCCAUGAACAUGGCCAAGGGCACCGUGCAGACGGGGCUGGACACGUCCAAGACCGUCCUCGAGGGCACCAAGAACACGGUGGCCACGGGGCUGACAGGGGCACUGGGUGUGGCCCAGGGGGCCGUGCAGACGGGGCUGGAUACUUCUAAGGCUGUCCUGACUGGAACCAAGAACACGGUGACCACAGGGCUGACCGGGGCCGUAAACGUGGCCAAGGGGACAGUUCAGACUGGCCUAGACACAUCCAAGGCCGUUCUCAUGGGAACCAAGGACACGGUGACCAUGGGGCUGAUGGGAGCCGUGAAUGUGGCUCAGGGGGCCGUGCAGACGGGGCUGGACACAUCCAAGACCAUGCUCGAGGGCACCAAGAACACGGUGACCACAGGACUGACAGGAGCAGUGAACGUGGCCAAGGGAACUGCGCAGACGGGGCUGGACACGUCCAAGGCCGUCCUCACAGGAACCAAGGACACAGUGACCACAGGGCUGACUGGAGCCAUGAAUGUGGCCAAGGGCACCGUGCAGACGGGGCUGGACACGUCCAAGACCGUCCUCGAGGGCACCAAGAACACGGUGGCCACGGGGCUGACAGGGGCACUGGGUGUGGCCCAGGGGGCUGUGCAGACGGGGCUGGAUACUUCUAAGGCUGUCCUGACUGGAACCAAGAACACGGUGACCACAGGGCUGACUGGGGCUGUGAACAUGGCCAAGGGCACCGUGCAGACGGGGCUGGACACGUCCAAGGCCAUCCUCACAGGAACCAAGGACACAGUGACCACAGGGCUGACUGGAGCCAUGAAUGUGGCCAAGGGCACCGUGCAGACAGGGCUGGACACGUCCAAGACCGUCCUUGAGGGCACCAAGAACACGGUGGCCACGGGGCUGACAGGGGCACUGGGUGUGGCCCAGGGGGCCGUGCAGACGGGGCUGGAUACUUCUAAGGCUGUCCUGACUGGAACCAAGAACACGGUGACCACAGGGCUGACCGGGGCCGUAAACGUGGCCAAGGGGACAGUUCAGACUGGCCUAGACACAUCCAAGGCCGUUCUCAUGGGAACCAAGGACACGGUGACCACGGGGCUGAUGGGAGCCGUGAAUGUGGCUCAGGGGGCCGUGCAGACGGGGCUGGACACAUCCAAGACCGUGCUCGAGGGCACCAAGAACACGGUGACCACGGGGCUGACAGGAGCAGUGAACGUGGCCAAGGGAACUGCGCAGACGGGGCUGGACACGUCCAAGGCCAUCCUCACAGGAACCAAGGACACAGUGACCACAGGGCUGACUGGAGCCAUGAAUGUGGCCAAGGGUGCUGUGCAGACGGGGCUGAACACGUCCAAGGUCGCCCUCGAGGGCACCAAGAACACGGUGGCCACGGGGCUGACAGGGGCACUGGGUGUGGCCCAGGGGGCCGUGCAGACGGGGCUGGAUACUUCUAAGGCUGUCCUGACUGGAACCAAGAACACGGUGACCACAGGGCUGACUGGAGCCAUGAAUAUGGCGCAGGGAGCUGUGCAGACGGGGCUGGACACAUCCAAGACCGUCCUCGAGGGCACCAAGAACACGGUGGCCACGGGGCUGACCGGGGCCAUAAACAUGGCCAAGGGGACAGUUCAGACUGGCCUGGACACCUCUAAGACCGUUCUCACAGGAACUAAGAGCACGGUGACCACGGGGCUCACGGGAGCCAUGAACAUGGCCAAGGGAGCCGUGCAGACAGGACUGGACACGUCCAAGGCCGCCCUCGAGGGCACCAAAGAUGUAGUGGCCACGGGGCUGACCGGAGCUGUGAAUGUGGCCCAGGGCGCCGUGCAGACUGGCCUGAACACAUCCAAGACUGUCCUCACAGGAACCAAGGACACGGUGGCCACGGGGCUGACCGGAGCUGUGAAUGUGGCCCAGGGCGCCGUGCAGACUGGCCUGAACACAUCCAAGACCGUCCUCACAGGAACCAAGGACACGGUGGCCACGGGGCUGACCGGAGCUAUGAAUGUGGCCCAGGGCGCCGUGCAGACUGGCCUGAACACAUCCAAGGCCGUCCUCACAGGAACCAAGGACACGGUGGCCACGGGGCUGACUGGGGCUGUAAACGUGGCUAGAGGUUCAGUUCAGAUGGGGCUGGACACGUCCAGGGGUGUCCUGUCAGGCACCAGAGAGGUCGUGGCCAGCGGACUAAGUGGGGCCGGCCAUGCUAUCCAGAGCAGCCUGGGAACCUUCCAGAACUGGCUUCCCGGCACCGUGGGCCAGGCCAGCCAGCCCAGUGAGCGCACCUCGGACAGCCAUAUGUACCCACCAGCCCCAGCCAGCCAAGAGGCGCCCCCACUGGGUUGCUGCAGCCCUGGGAACACGCUCUGUGAGGGCCUAGAGUCCGCUGGGGCCACGGCCCUCCCUCUGGAGAUGAACCCCCGGGACGAGCUCAGGGAUAUGGGGGAGCUCUUCCAGCCCAUGAGCCAGGAGGAGCAAGCCCAGCUGGCCGCCUCCCAAGUGGGGCCUAGGGUGCUGGCGGCCGACCAGGCCAGCUACUCUGUACGGCUGGGGGACCUGCCACCCCGCUUCCGCCAGCGCGCCCUGGAACACGCCUUCUACCACCUCCAGCAUGCCCAGUUCCAGGCCCGGGGUGCCCUGGCCCAGCUCGAGGAUGCCUUCCAGCAGAUUGAAAAGCCUUCUCCGCAGCUGGCUCUGGGUUCGAGCCAUGGGCAGGGAGGCAGCGAGCCCCAGGAGGCUCUGGACCAGGUCUGUGCCCUCUUGCUACUGGUACACCUGGCCUACUCGUCGCUGGCCUCCCGCCUGCAGGGCCUCCCAGCUGACAUGCAGCGCCCACUGGCCCAGGCGCGGCACAGCCUCUGCCAGCUCUAUGGGGCAGUCUCGGAGGCCAGCGUGGAGGCACUGGCGGAGAGCCGGGAACACGUGGGCCAGGCGUGGCGGGCGUUGGAGGGGCUGCUGGACUCCCUGCCGCACGGCGCCCCGCUCGGUUGGCUGGUGGGGCCUUUUGCCUUGCAUCCCGGGGGGCAGCCGCUCUAGGCUGGCACCCCGUCUCUCCCCGAGCAGAGAUCUCUGGGGCCUGGGCUGACGGGUGGGGGACCCAGGACGCUGGGUGAAGCCAGGCCACACACCACAAUCUAAAAAUAGAUUUAAAAAAAAAAGGGGGAGUCGGGCGGUAGCACAGCAGGUUAAGCGCACAUGGCACAAAGUGCAAGGACCGGCGUUAAGGAUCCCG